GUUUACAUUCACAUGCGGCCCGCGCCCAGCCUCUCGCCGCCACCGACCGACGCUUCACUCACCUGCAGUUGAUAACCAACCUCUUUGCCGUGAGCACGCUCCACGCUUCACGCUACCGGUUUUGAUCGCACCUCUAUAGUGACGUACGAUUUUGAAUUCGAAAUUUUCGAAUGCAACGAAGUUCGUUCAUCAAUUUUUCGAAAUUUAAAAUUAGCAAUAAUGGACUCUGAACUGUGUGGCUGUUUAUUUUUAUAAUUUUUUAAAGUGUUCGUUUUUUCUUUACGUUUUGAUCAUUGUACUUUUUUAAAAGUGUUAAGGGAGUGAAUGUGAUAUUUUGGAAAACGCCCGGAAGGACGGGUUAGCUCUUCGUUCACGCUUCCGUGACAGGUAAUGCAAGAGAUCACUACAAUAACUUUACCGUGAAACCCAGUGACAUUAAGAUCAACACUGCAAACGCCAUUAAAAUUCAAAAAUGACUGUAAAGAAGACAGCUCGGACGGGUGGCUUCGCAGCCAUGGUUGCGCGUCAGAAGAUGCACAGCGUCAAUCAACAAAUCGAUAUUAUGGCUAUCAGUAAACCAACCUCCCUACAAGCAUAUAAUAUAGUAGUCGGCUUUAAUGAGAAGGACCAACUACAACUAUUAACUAAAGAAGAUAUUACAGACGAAGACAAAAAACUUAUCAAGGAUUACACAGAACUAAAAGCAACCAAAUGUGAAAAUAUUUCAAUAGAUGAUAUCACAAACUGUGUGAACAUCGAAAACUAUCCCAAUUGCGAUAACACUCUAGUCUUUUACGUAACCAAAAAUAUCAACAAGGAAGCCAUCGCGCUCAAGUUCGAAAACGAACAAGACUUCAAGAGAAUAUACUUCACUUACAAAUACUUCAAAAUGCGGAACCGACUGACGAAAAACACGAACAACUAUUCGAGCAGUGAAAACUUGUUUUCUAAAAAGAAAACUUAUGACAUUUUCAAAAGCAGAAAGAAUAGUAUGGACGACUACAGUUUGUUUGAAAAGGGACGCAGCAAUGAUUACGAUUUAAUGCAAACUACAGACAACGAUGGUAUCACACACUUAUCGGUGCAACAGAAGAACAAUUUAAACAAUCGAUUCGAGCAGCCGAUGAGUUUAAUUGGAAUAAGGAACGACAUGCAUGACGUAGGUGAGAUAGACAGUAUAAUUUACACAGACAUAGAAAUACCAUCAAAACCUGAUAGAAACAGAUUGUUUAAUAAGAAAUCCAAAGCACCUCCACCGCCAAUACUAAAAGAUAGUCAAACUAAGGUGUUGAAAGGAGAAUUUGUAAGAGUAAACAUUGACCGAGCGCCGGACAUAAUACCGAAAGAUAACAAGUUGAAUAAGGUGCCGGACAUUCUAAUGUUCAGAGAUAAUAAAUCAAAUAAGAAGAACGCGACGAGCAAUAUCUGGCCAGCAAGUAAUAAAGCCUUAGCUUAUGGAGAGGGAUUAGUGAAUGCUAAAACUGACCUGGGCCUUGUUAAUAGAUCAACUCCUAAUCCCAAAUCGCUCUCUCUCGUCACACUCAGGGCGGGAAAUGUGACCGGCUACGAGUCAGACCGCGAAGAGUGGAAGAGCAGCCGAUCCCAGUUCUCAACGACAGCGUUCGAUAGCCUCGCCAGGCCGACCAAGAUGGCGAUGGCGCUCACGUUAAGAAAACCCCAAAGAUUGGAGCCAGUACCACAGUAUUAUAGAAUGCCAAGCGAGCAGAAACCAAAACUAACACCAAUGCCAUUUAGACCGAACAACUUCCUGCAGCGACCACCCCGACUGCCGCGACCAAACCCUGACAUGAAGAGGAACUUGCUUAGCACUGACCACAGGAAAUUCACAUCUCUGCAAAGUCUGGAGAUACCUAAGAAACUAAGCGAACCGAAAAAGCAACCGAUGGAUGUAAAGAAGAACAAUUAUUCAAAUAUUUCCCACAGAAUCACCGGCUUGACGAAUAAAUUAAGAGAUUUAGGUAACCCUAGCAACACUCUUGGUAGAUUUAAGGCCCAGUCUCAUGGUGAUGUUGCAAAUUUGAAGCCUGUCUUGAAGAUGAACGGACAGGAUGGAGCAAAGAGGUCUGUAGUCAGGACCUGUAGUGCGGAGCCACCAAAGAAAGUAACGUUUAGCGCGUUUGCUACGGUUCAAGUUGUAUAAGGUGUAAAUCUAAUUUCGAUAUUAGUGGUACUGGUCUGAUUUCACUGAAACUUAAAAUGUAAAAAGGAAAAUAAAUUGUAGGUAUAUCUCGUUGAUCCAAUAAUGGUGAUCUCGACUUGAGAAAUUAG